AUGGCCGACAAAAAACGCAAGGCCAUUAUUAUAGGCGCUGGUCCUGCAGGACUUGCAGCUGCACUGCGCCUCCAACAGCAGACAGACAUUACAAGCACCGUAUACGAGCUGCGCAGUCAGCCCACAACCUUAGGCGGUGCAAUUGGGAUUCAGCCCAACGGUAUGCGCCUCCUACACCGACUCGGUGUCUACGAUGAGAUCUGCGCGCAUGGAUUCGGAGGACAAAAUCUGACCAUCCAUUCCUUGCGGGGACAUGUUGUUGGCACAACUGAUUUUGUGGGGUGGGCGCGGGAGAAGACCGGAUUCGGAUAUCUCCGAAUUAAAAGAAUUGACAUUGUUUCUGUUUUGAAGAAGAAGGCGGAAGAGGCAGGAAUAAAUAUUCAUUUCGGCAAGAAGAUUGUUCAGAUUGAGGAGCAAGAGGAUGGAGUGAAGGUCCUAUUUGAGGACGGAGGUGUUGAUUCUGCGGAUCUCUUGCUCGCUUGUGAUGGAAUCCAUUCUUUUGUUCGGAGCUCUUACGUCCAACCGGGAUAUCAGCCUGAGUACUCAGGUGUUUCGGGACUGGGAGCGUUAGUAUCCCGGGACGUGUUGCCAGAUGAAGCGAUUGAACAGAUGAAUGGGUUGGAAGGCACAUUUACCGAGGAGGGAAUGCUUGCUGUGAAUCCCUGUACGCCGAAUAGGGACGAGAUCUUCAUGUUCUUUUCGAAGUGGUUGGCGCUUCCUGAGACUGGGGAUAGUCGGGAUGGAUGGGAGGUUCACCGGAAGGAAGAGGUGGAUGGGUUUAAGGACCAACUACUUGAGAUGCUGAGUGACGGACAAGGUCAAUGGGCUGAUGCGCUGCGAACGCUUGUACGCAGUACAUCUUCCGUCAACUUUUAUCCUGUCUAUCGGCUGCCCCUUGGAGGUCGGUGGUCGAAAGGGAGAGUUGUACUUGUUGGUGAUGCUGCGCAUGCCAUGUCGCCUCAUGCUGGACAGGGUGUUUCUAUGGCGAUGGAAGAUGUGUUCCUGCUUUCGAGAUUGCUGGAGGAUCCUAACAGGCCGAUUGAGGAGGUCUUUCAGAAAUAUGACUCUAUUCGACGACCAAGGGUGGAAGAGAUCUUUACCUUGGCAGCGGAGAAUGCACAGACGAGGAAGAAGGCUUCUCCUACAGGUUUAUGGCUGAAGGAGACUAAGUUCUGUGUUAUAUUGAACAUUUCAUGGGCGCUUGGGCUAGACAAGCGGGGCAUGCGACAGGGCCAUUUGGUCUACGAUAUCGAUGAGGUGGAACUGUAA